UACACACGCAGUCAGUUGUUAUCCGAACGUUGAGCAGUGAACACGUAGCGGCGUGUCGAAUAACCUUGUUUGUUUUGGUAAUUAAUUUUAUCAGUGAAGUGUACUUGGAUUCCUUCCGGAAAGGAUUGAAAUAUUGUUACGCCGCUAUAUUGGAUUAAUUAGUGUCAAUUUACUGAAGGUUAGCCGUACUACAGUUGUAGAAUCAGUGACAGAUUUUAUUCUAACCUAAAAGUGUUACAUGACAUGAGUGUGUUUACUACUUGGUAGUAUGUAAAUAAAAUAGUGUCGGGUGAAUUUGGUAUCGGUGUAUGAGACAACCCGAUUUUGUUAGCUAGUGCUUGGUUGUUUUUGCGAUUGGUUUUUGAAAAGUUAUUCGCACGCAACAUUUUUUGUCGUCGAUAGCGACCGACCUAGUUUACAGAAAAGCAACUGCCAAUUGUUUUUGUUCGGCUUUCAGGCAUUUAGUGAGACUGUUGUGCCUUUGUGGUGUGCUCUCAAUGCAGUGUCUGUAGUAAGUGAAUAAAACAUAUUAUGGGAGUACAUAAGACUGCCGACCACGAGAGUGGUUAUUUCGAGGAUGAGGAGGAAGAGGAUUAUGAUGGCAGGGUACAGAACCGUGUGGGGUCCGGCCAGCAGAAGGCUCAGACAGAUAAAGAUUCAGUCAAUUUCAAUGGCGGUGGCCCAAGAGUUGACAUGUCCAGCUUCGACCUUCUCAAAGUAUUGGGAACCGGAGCCUACGGAAAAGUGUUCCUGGUGCGUAAGAAGGGAGGCAAAGACGACGGCCGUCUGUAUGCGAUGAAGGUGCUGAAGAAGGCGACCAUUGUGCAGAAGAAGAAGACAACUGAACACACAAAGACUGAACGACAAGUGCUCGAGGCUGUCCGGCAGUCGCCCUUCCUUGUCACACUGCACUAUGCCUUCCAGACUGACGCCAAACUGCAUCUCAUACUAGAUUAUGUUAGCGGUGGUGAGCUAUUCACGCAUCUCUACCAGAGGGACCGAUUUGCCGAGGAUGAAGUGCGCAUCUAUAUUGGAGAAAUCGUCCUUGCUCUCGAGCACUUGCAUAAGCUGGGAAUCAUCUACCGUGAUAUUAAACUUGAAAAUAUACUACUGGAUUCCUCUGGUCAUAUAGUACUGACCGAUUUUGGCCUAAGCAAGGAGUUCCUACCCCAUGAAACCGAGCAGCGUGCCUAUUCCUUUUGCGGUACGAUAGAGUACAUGGCUCCAGAAGUCGUGCGUGGAGGAAGUACGGGACAUGAUAUUGCGGUGGACUGGUGGUCGAUAGGUGUGCUGACAUACGAGCUGUUGACGGGAGCGUCUCCGUUCACAGUGGAGGGAGAGCGCAACACUCAGCAUGAGAUAUCGAAGCGCAUCCUGAAGACAAAUCCGCCCAUUCCCGAGGACCUAUCGCCAGAUGUGGCCGACUUCAUUAGCCGUCUCCUCGUCAAGGACCCUCGCAAGCGGCUCGGUGGCGGGGAGCGCGAUGCUGCCGAACUCAAGGAGCAUCCCUUCUUCAAGGGAACGAAUUGCAAUAGCUUGUCCAAUUCUUCGAGCUGUAGGAACCCAUUGUACCUGUACCUGAAAAAAUCGGAAUUAUUUGUUUGGCAGGACUCUCCGUUCUUCGAGCUGUACGAGCUGGACCUGGAGCGAGGCGGCAUCCUGGGCGACGGCAGCUUCUCGGUGUGUCGCCGCUGCGUGGAGAAGGCGACCGGACGCCAGUUCGCCGUCAAAAUCGUGUCGCGUCGCGUCGACAGCACUCAGGAGAUCAACCUGUUGCGUGCCUGCCAGGGCCAUCCCAAUGUCGUCAAUCUCCACAAUGUCUAUUAUGACGAAGUACACACAUAUUUGGUGUUGGAGCUGUUGAGUGGUGGAGAACUUUUGGAAAGAAUUAGAAGAAAAAAUCGAUUUACUGAGAGUGAAGCAAGUCGUAUAAUGCGCCAAUUAGUGUCUGCGGUCAGCUUCAUGCAUUCUAGAGGUGUCGUCCACAGAGAUCUGAAGCCAGAGAAUCUCCUAUUCACGGAUGACAGUCCAACGGCUGACAUCAAAGUGGUUGAUUUCGGAUUUGCUCAAUUGAAGAAGGAGGGAGUCUCGCUUCACACGCCCUGCUUCACACUGCACUACGCCGCACCAGAGGUGCUCAGUCAGGCCGAGAACGGCUACGACGAGAAUUGUGAUCUUUGGAGUCUGGGCGUUAUCUUGUACACAAUGCUGAGUGGGCGUGCGCCGUUCCAUGCGCGUUCGCGAGAUGACAGCGCUGCGGCGGUGAUGGCGCGAAUCAAGGGAGGUGCCUUCAGCUUUCAGGCUGACGCCUGGUCUUCCGUCUCUCAUGAGGCUAAAGUUCUUACCAAAGGUUUGUUGACAGUGGACCCCGUGCAGCGCCUGCGCAUGGGAGACUUGUUGAACAACACAUGGGUGCAGGGCUGCGACGUGGCCACCACCCCCCUCAUGACCCCCGACGUGCUCACGGCGGCCGGCUCUGCUCACCGAUCCGCUGAGAUCGCCGUCAAACACGCCUUCUCCGCCUUCCAUCAGGCACAUCGCGAAGGAUUUCGUCUGCAGGACGUUGUGAAUGCGAAACUGGCUCAGCGACGAAGAAUGAAAAAGUCGUCCACUGAUAACCGAAGCUUUUCAACUUCCAGCAGUUUCUCAAGUUCCAGCUCAUCAGGGCUUUCGUCAGUGCAAACGCCCUCAUCGUGUAGUGGUCAGUCAGCGUCUGCGCAGAAGCCGAAAAUGAUGGCACGCCUGCAGAAGUCGGACGAGGGCAACGUGUUCAACUUCGGCGAGGCUCGCGUGCGAGAGUACCUGUCCAGUCUGUCGUCGUCGCCGUCCUCGGACGAGGCCCCCGGGCCCAGCGCCACUGCCAUGCUCCUGUCGCCCGUUCCAAAGAAGAAGCACCGCGAGAGCUCCGGUGUGGUCGUGCUGUGUGACACCACCGACAGUGAAAGAGACUCAGACGCUAGACUGCCCAGUAUUAGUGACGAACAAAGCAAGGUGGAUCCCGUCCUUCCCGCACCUUCCCCUCUCAUGGUCGGACCCAUGACUCGUGCUAAGAAACGAAAACUCGAAUCCCCUCCCUCCACCAACCAGCCGACCGACGAUCAGCCCAAAGUGAAGCGGAGACACAAGCAUCACAGUCACCACCAUCAUCACUCCAAGCACCGCCGGCAUCGGAAGGACAAGCGCUCCCCCAAACCAUCCGACACCAUAGUUAUAGAUUAACAAAUUGUUGUUUUAGUAGAAUUUAUUAUUGAAAUUGUUCAGGCAACUUUGAAAAGACGGUGCCAAGAUUGCUGCGUGAUCGAUCAACUGCUCCCUUAUUUUUCUAUCAAAAAUGUUAUUCGUCGAAUGAAUGGAUUGAUCAUUAACAUAAUUUUCAAUUAAAAUUCGGGAAUUGAAUAGUAAGUGCUGUAAGCCUGUUUUUUCCAUUUCCAAUCAUAUUAUGAUUAUGUGAUUUUAUCAUUGUUGAAUAAAUAAUUAAAUAAACAUUGAAAAUCACUGUUAUUAAUAAAUAAAUUCAUUCAUUCAUAGAGCAUAAUUGUAAUGCCACAUUCACACUCUCGCAAAGUGCGUAAAAAUGACGACGAGCGUAAGGGUGUGGUUGGCUGCUUUACCAGCGCUCGCUGGAAUGAUUAAUGAGAAUAUUAAUAAUUUUAAUACUGUUUCAAUAAAUAUAUUCGUUGAUUGAUGAAGUUUGAUCUGAUCAUCAACAUAAUUUAUUAGGAAUUUAUAAAUUGAUUGAUUAAUGAAUGAUAAUUAUUUUAUGUUGUACAUCAAUAAAUGUAUUCGUUGAUUUGAUGAUAUUUGAACAAAACUGUAUCAAAACCAAUCACUGAAUCAUAUUUGUAACACCACAUUUAUUCUCCAAUAAAACUUGAUCACACUGUUUUUUCUAGCGAAUAAUCCAAAGCAUUUUUACUAGUUGAAUUUUUUUUGUAAAUCCUAGUGCAAUUUUAAAUUUGGAUCUUAUCAGCGUUGUAAUAGUUCCGUUCAAACGUCAUAUUAUAGUGAUAUAAUUUGAGUUCAAUUUAGUCAUUAUUGUUGUUAUUCGAUUUUAUUGUAAGAGGAUUGAGUCAUUAGUUAUUAUUUAGCACGAUGUCAUUCGGAGAUUGAGAUCUUUGAGUUGUAAUAUUUACCAUUGUUAUGUUUUGUUUCUAAUAAUAAUUGUUAUUGAUUUGGAAAUACUAUGAAAUUGUUGAGACAUUUUCGUUUUUGUCGGCGGAUUUAAAAGGUGUACCAACUUACUUAUAAACUAAUUACUUCAUGUACUAUGUCAGCAUCUAAUCAACGAAUGUUAGUGAAAUGUUCUCUUUAUGAUAAUUUGAUGUCAAAUUAAUUGAAAAUAAUUGGUAUAGACCUAGUACAUUCCACGACUGUGGCGAUUUUAGUUUCAAAAACUAAAAAUGAUUACUUAUUAAUCACCAAAUGUGCCUUCCUUUCCUGGUUGAGACUUCUUCGAUAAUUCAUAAAUCAUAUAUAAUUAUAUGUUCAAGACUCGAUCAGGAUACAGAUUAUUCAAAUCUCAUCAAUUUUCUACUUGUGGAAUCAAGUAAACAGUCUUUGUGCUAUCAAUGUUUUGUUCAAUAUUAUUGUUUUAACAGUAUAAACCAAAUUACUUUCUGGAAAGUUGUAAAAAAGAAGGAAUACAGUAGCUGAUAUAUUUUUUAUCGAUGACCUUGUACAAUCCUAGUAGGAAAAGUUUGGAUUCAAGUGGUCUUAUUGACCGCGUAAUAACUCGUGACAGGUGCCUAAAAGAGCGGUUUAACAAUAGAAGGCAUAAACCCAGUGUGAUAUUUUGAAGAAUAUUGUAUAGACCGUUCAACUACAAAAUAAAAUUUAAGAGUAUUAAUAGAUCAUAGCAAAAAAGUUUAUGGAGAUAUUACAUUUUCAACUAUUGAAAUAUAGCCGUGUUUUAAUCGUAUAAUUCUAUAUGAAAUGAACAUUUCAUACUAGAAAUCGUUUCAAAUAAAUAAUUAAUUACUUAAUUAUUGUUUAUGACUACGGAAUGAAACUGUACACUCACUAAUCUAUCACAGCCACUUGAAGAAUAUCAUCACCAUGAUUAUUAUUCACACAAUAAUCAAAUUGUAAUUAUUAUUAUGCGGUAUUAUGUUAUUGUUUUCUUAACUACUGUAACUCAGGUUAUUAUAAUUUAAGUUAAUUUAUAAAAAUAUCUAGACUAUUAGGUAAUUACCAUUAAUUUGUAACGAUGAGCAAAUCUGUGUUAUGAAUAUUGGAGUGGCAUAAUAAAAUUGCAUCUCAUGAGGCAAUCAUUGUGCUAUGAUGUCAAAGAGCCCUAUAAAUGGUGUUUUAGGUACCAUUUAUCAAUGAAGUAUCAUAUCAGUUAGGCCUAUACAGUGUUAUAGUUCUGUCUUCCUUGUUCCUUCUUGUGGAUAACAUUAUCAUCACAAUAAUUGAAAUAGCUUUCGGCAACUGCAGUAUUUUAAAAUGUAUUUAAAGUAAUGGAAACAUCGUAUUUUAAAUUAUACGGUAGUGGAUUAUUUGAAAAACUUUAAUUGAAAAGAGACUGUUCAAGACCACGUUAACCAAAUCUCAUGAGUAAUUCGAUUUCUGUAUUUCAUCUUCCAGAUAUUUCAAGGUAAAUUUCCUAUUAUCAUGCCAAUAAAUACUGAAACCAAUACUCUAUCGAUAUCUAAUGGAAUUAUUCCUUGUAUUCAAUUUUCUAUGGUAUCCGAUUGAAUUCGUACUCUUUGCUGGAGUGUAAUCAUGACAAAAUCUUUUAUGAUAUUGAUCGUAAUUCAACUAUUUAGUAUUUAACAAAGAAACAUCACAUCAAGUUUGUUUCAAUUUCAUUCUAAUGUGAAUAUUAUUGACACAUUGUAAACUAUAUCAUCCCUUUGUUCAAUUUCAACUUCUGCAAACUUGUAUCGAAAUAUAGAGAUUUCCCAGUCGUACAGUUCCAGGUUUAGGCCUACUAGCGUCAGUGAAUAAGUUCAUUGAAAUUGAACUGCAAGGGGAAUAAUUUCUAGACUGGAUAAAUUACAUCUUGUGAAGUUUUAGUAGAUUGAAAUAAGAUCAUGAUUAGGUUUUAUGUUAAUUGAAUAGAAAAUGUGCUCCUGUGGACGGUUAGAGUGUAUAGUCCACUCAUCAUCGAGAUAUUAAUUUUUUUGAAGAUAUUUUUAUAGUUUUCAUUUUUUAGCAUAGAAUUACUAUUACGGUUUUAUUUGUUGAAUGCCUAUUUGUACGAUAUUUCUUUAAUGGUAUGCAGUUAUUUGCACAAAGACUCAUUAACACCAAUGACUACGAUUAAGAUUGAAGAGAUAUUCAUUCCAAGACACAUAGAGUCAACAUAUAUCCUGUUGAUUGAGGGAUCAGUAUGCUAUGUUAUAGUGUUUGUAAUUAGGGACACUACUUGCUGUGAUGGUGUUGGGGACGAUAUUCUUGUAACUCCUUUAACCACAUAAAUAUUGUAUUUUUAUAAGAGUCAGAUACAAUUAAGUUUUUACUUGUUUAAUGAAAUGUUGUAGAUAGUAUAAUUAUUAUAUAAAUACUGUUCUCACUUUUUAGGAAAUUCUUUAUAGAGAACCAAUCUAUUUAUUGUUUCAUAUGUACGCUUUCAGUAAUGUUGAUAUUCCUUCGAACUCACUGUUCAUAUUUUCAUCGAUUCUUAAGAAAUGUGAGUGUUGUUAGUGCAUGAAGCUAUGCCAAUUUUGUGUAAAUUCAAAUUUUAAAAAUAAUUUAUAGAUGUUGGGAAUUUAAAUAGAUUUAUGAUUACCAAAAAA